AUGUACUGGAGGCUUACCCGUACCCGUACCCGCGAGGGUGGUACCCGCCCGGCGGGUACGGGUCAGUCGCGGGUCUCGCAGGUUGGCGCGGGUGCGGGAUUGGCGACGGCUCAAGCGGGCAAGGAGAGCGGCGGACGGCGAGUGAGCGUGCGAGGACGCGCGCAAUCGCGCGGGCAAGCAGGGCGUGGGCGUGCGGGCAUGCGUGCGGGAAAUCGCAAGCGCGAGGAGCAACUUGAACUCGGCGGCGGGCAGGCAUGCCGCGUGCGUGCAUGCGAGCGCGCCGGGUGUGCGAUCGCGCAGGUGGGCGGUCGACAGGAGUGGGUGGGUGGCCACUUCCCUGGCAGUUUGAGCCCCACAGUCCGGCAGCCACCGCGCAGCCUCUACUACGUAACUGAAGGCUACUGGAACUAUGCGUCGUCGUCGGACUAUUCCUACGUUUACCUCAUUCCGACAGGGCCCAGCCCAAACCUUCGACCGUCUUCGAUUGUCGUCCUCGCCUCAAAACCCGCGUUCGGACUUAUGAGUCAUCAGCGCGCAGCUGAUGUUCGCCUAGAUCAGGCCAUGGCCAAGCACCCCAGCUGCCAUGUCGGACUGAUCACACCAGCUAAGCCGCCUGUCUCGCCGCUCUGGCCAGCGUGGGUAGUUCAUAUAACGUUGUUGAAGAUAACGUACUCUGUCAUGUUGCUAUUGUUAUCGUUUGCUCGUCUCGGUGUGACUGUUCUCUCUGAUUACUACCUAGUGCUCCCGUAA